CCAGGUUGCUUGGCAACGGCGCGCGUCCGCGGGCGAUGGCGGCAGCCGGGCCCGGGCGCCCCCGCGGGAGGCGGCGGCGGGAGGCGGCUGCAUCACAUCAUUUGGAAGAAAAUAACGUUCUAGAUGGAUGUUUUCUUCCAAAUGAAGUAGAUCUUCAUCACGUAAUUGUAUUGCCAAAAGCAGAAUGGGAAAGAAUUCAGGACAGUCUUGACAGCACAACUAGAGAAGCUGCGCGCAUCCUCGCUGAGCAGAAAGAAAGAGAAGAAAUGCGCUUACGCUCCAAAGCGGCUGUAAAAGACUGGCCCAACACCAUUAUGGGCCUGGCACAACGAAAACUUAAAGCCAAAAAAUUACGUGAAGAAAGGGAAGAGGAAGAAAGAAAGCGACUUGAUUUGGAAGAACAACAGUUCCAAGCAACAAAACGGAAGGAGGCUAUUGAUUGUGCAAAAACAUACCUCUACUAUCAGACUGAAAGAGUGAAAGGGUUCCAUAGUGCGCUUCUGCUUGCUGAGGUCCUAAAAGAGAGAGAUGCUCAAGUUGAAUUUAAAAAGUUAAAGUCAGACGUUAACAAAAAGAAGGAUGAAGAAAAGGAACACGAACGUAAGGAAGCUAUUCUCAGAGAGCAAGAAAAGGCACACCAGCAUUAUCUGAAUCAACAGGCACUACGCAGAGAUCAGCUGGAACAAAUAAAGGAGCGCAAGCAUCAGGCAUAUCUGGCCAAGCUAGAAGACAAAAGAGAAGGAGAACAGCUACAGAGAUUGAACCGAUUGUACCAAUUGGAAAUUCAGAGAAAAAUGGAAAAGGAACAGGAGGAAAAAGUUGAACACCAGAGGCUGUAUCACGAGCACGUAAGCGACCAGAAAAUUAUCAAAGCAAUAGAGGAACAAAAACAAAUGGAAGAAGAUGAUCGGAUUAAAGCUCAUUUUAAAGCAAAGCAAACUAUUGCCAAGCUGAUAAAAGAGAAAAAAGCUGAAAUGCAUAGACUAAAACAGGAACAUCAGGACAAAAUCGUUAGACAAUUAGCUGUACAAAUGAACGAGGCAUUAAAGAGGGAAGAUGAUCGUCUUGCUAGAGACAUUGAAAAAAAAGAAGCUGAACAAGAAAAAAAACGCAAAGAGAAAGAAGCAAAAGAAAAGGCAGCCAUGGAAUCGAUUGCUGAGCACAGAGCCGCUGUGCUGAAGAUGAAAGCGGAAAAGGAGAGAGAGGAAAAAGCAGAGGGUAAAAAAGAACUUCAUGCGUUAAUGGAAGAGAACCGCAUCUACUUGGAAAUGGAAAAAGCCAAGAAACAAAGACAACGUGAUGCAAGCAUGGAAGUACAGAAAAUUCAGAUCCAGCAAAUGGCUGAAAAACAGGCAAAACACCAGCAGGAAAAGCAAGCAGACUUGGACUACGAGGCUCAGAGAGAGGCUACUGCACUUUGUAAGGAGCGUGAGUUUCAGAGCUAUGCAAAGCAAGUAAUUGAAUCAGAGUCCAAGACUACACAUCAUCUUUAUCCUCUUCUCAAAGCAUACAAAGAUGGAAGAGGACUUGGAUACAGGCCAUUUUCCAGAGUAAGAGAAGGAAUAAAUACUAGUUUUCAAGCACAGGAUGAUGCUGGGACCCAGUUACCUUACAGCUGUACUACUGCUCAAGAAGUUAAAAACAUGAAAUAAUACUGAGACUGCAAGGAAAGGCAGAAGCAGUUUUCAUGUGGUCAACAAAAUAUCUUUUUGAACCUUAUGGGCAGAGUUGAACUGUAAACGAUCUACAUCAAAUACAUGCUAUGAAUCUGCAAGUCCAUUUGAAAAAAAAAUAAAUUGCCAGAGAACUGGUUAUAGUCUCAAAAAUCCCCAGCUUGUAUUUCAUGAAAGUUAGCUCAUUAAACUUGAGACAGAAAUGCAUGAUAUACAAUUGACAAUCAGUGUAACCCAUUCCAGCCAAAAGCUCACUAUUACUGUUAUAUUUUUGUUAUUCAUUAUUCUAAAAACUCACUGUCCCAGAUUUUUCAGGCCCUCGAUACAAAUUCCUAGUGCAAAAGGUCACAUUUUUCACAAGCCCACUUCCAGUUAAGUAUUCCCCAUAAUGGAAAAAACCAAAACAACUUUACAGAAUCUACAGGGGAAGAAAACACAACCUAAUACAUGUGAAAGUUAGAGUAGUUGCGCUGCAGUUUUUAUAGCAUUUUGUAACUACCUCUGUAAAACGUAUGUCAUGCUAUAAAUUAGUUAUAAUAAACAAAAAUACAAACAUGGUUUGAUCACAGCCCUUAAAAGGUCACCUAGGAGGCACAUAUGUCCCAAUAUAGCUGUAAAUAGCUACUACAAAAAGAGCACGGCAACAAGAACAACACAGUUGGAAUGUUCUUUCAAAAAGACUAACAAUGAUUCAAUCUGCGGGAAAUAAUCUGGAUCUGAAAUUGUUUCUCAGAUUCCUCAUGCGACUUAACUCUUCAACACCAAAGUCACACACGCAUCUAACUCCUUAAGCUUAGUUUCUUUGCUGAAAUUUUACCAUCACAUUCCUGCCUUAGACAGAGUUAGGGUUUCCUAUAAUGACUCCCUCCAUGAGUGCCCUGGGGUCUAAACAGGGCAUCCCCCUACUCUGGCAUCCAUGGAAAACAAAGUCCAAGAAACUUGAAGCUUUUCUUUGUUGCACACAACCUUCUGGUUCCAACCCCCCAGCUGCUCCCCCCUCUGUUGACCAAAUUAGA